UGUUAUCCUUACUUUCAGUUCACGGGAAUCGACGAUCAGCCUUUCACGAUCAAUAUUUCUGCUUCCUCAUUUUCUUUAUCGGAUUCUACUCAAUUUUAUUCUGAGUUAUAUAAAGAACGGGUAGUAAUCAAAUGGUUUCCUGAUUUAUCAAUAGAUAGUAGUAACGGCAAAUCUUCAAGAAUCAAUAUUUUUUUUCAAAAAUAUACCAGUGUAGAUCUUGACUUACGGAGAGAUUGGGAUGUACACUUUGUUUUGCAAGUACCAGUUCAGAUGAAUUUAAUAAUUGAUGGACAAAGGCAACGUAUAAAGCUUGAUAUAAUUAUUGAAUGCAGUUCAGUACUCAUAUUUCCGUUAAAUCAAUUCUCCAAUAACUGCAUUGUUGCUGAAACAACUAAUAUUCGUGCAACUAAUCAGUUCAAAUUCUCAAGUUUUAUAAAAUAUUUUGAACAAUACAAUUUAGAAAAUCAGGAUGAAAAUGAUGACCUUUUUAAUUGUCUGAUUGAUUGGUUAACUAUAAAGUUCAGCGAUGUUAGGCUUUAUGAGGGUUUCCGAGUUGAAAUAUCAAAAGUUCAGGAUGUUCAAGGAUAUGAAAGCAUUUGUCAGUUCCUUUCUCAAUCAUAUUGUUUCUUCAAAUCUAAAGUUAAUGUUUUUUCUCAGUCUCAUGAUCUCGAAUUUGAUUGUUUUCGGAAUUUAGACGCAGCUAUUUCUCACAGUGUUCCUAAUUUGGCCGUAGUGAGUACGUUUAAUGAUAUGAAUUUAAUGCUCACAGCUGAUUUUUAUUGUUUAUGCCGCGGUUUUCUACAGUUAAAUCUUGGUGAUCAGAUUAUUACCAUCCCUGAAACUGUUCCCGUUGAAGUUCUGUUAAAACCAAUAGAUAGCUGCUUCGACUGUUUGGUUCGUUCUUCAUAUGGAGUAACAUCAUUUGUGCCAUUUGCUUGUAUAAGAUUAAAUCGUUCGCGAUUUUUCUUCAAUAAUUUUGUUGAUAAUCAAUCUGAAAUGGAUUUGAUUUGUGAAAAUUAUGAAUUACACGAUACUCGAAUAAAAUAUUUAAAUGAUGGGAAACUUUCCAGUGUAUUUCCGAUAGUACUUUGUUCAAAAACUCCUAAUGAUGUUAAUCGGAAUUUUAUGUCUGAAGCGCAUCUCAUGAUGAAAAAAGAUGAAACACCAGUUCUUACUCUAGUUUUAAUGAACGCUAGAGUAUUGCUUUUCCUCGAUUGGUUUGCUGAGGCCAAAAAUUUCAUUCUUCUCAAUACAGACUUCGUUCCUCCAGGUAAAUUUUUAAUAUUUAUUGCUCUAGAAACUCUUAUUGACGAUGUAAAGCAGGAUUGUUUAUUCGUGAAUUCUGGUAUUAUUCAGCGUAAUCAACCGUGUGCAACCACCAACAUUCAUGAGCAAACAAUUAUGAUGAAAAUAACAGUAAAAGAAUCUGAUCUGGUGCUUUUGGAAGCACCGGAAUCUUCGAACAGUCUGGCUUUAAUUGCACAUAUAACUGCUGUGCUUAAUAUAAGCGAUCCUCAUGGUUUUUUUGGCGCUAAUCUAGAGAUUCAGAGACUGAACAUUGAUUGGUGUACAAUGGCUGAUAACAAUAUUCGUUGCCAAUUAACGAAUGAUUUUUCAAUAACGAUUUCUUUGUUACCUGAAUCGGAUAAUUUAGAGGCAGAAUAUGUGUCUGAUUUUCUAUCUGGUCUGCCCAAUUUCACCGCAGCAAAGCAUCAUUUAAUUAUGGAAAUAAAGGACCUUGUUACACGGGCAUCAUUUCGCGAUGUAGCAGUCAUUCAUCGUGUAUUUCAUUCAUCAAUUCAACGUUUAACCGCUUCUCAAAUGAAGAAUAAUGUGAGCAAUGCUGUUUCGGAAAUGAAAGGUCGCGAUACUAUUAACAUUAUUCAUAUCUCCGUAAAGAGUGAAAUGAUAUCUUUUUGGUUAUUGGAUGAUUCUCUUGGAACUGUUUUUCCGAUUGUUCGUUUUGUUGCUAAAAAUUUUAAUCUGGAAUACAAGUUAAAAGAAGUUUCUGCAUCAUUUAUCUUCUCAUCUGAUUAUUUUAAUCAACGUGUAUUUGGUUGGGAACCUUUAAUUGAGCCUUGGCAUGUUGGAAAAUUGAGUGCAACAACAAAUAAUCGUUCUGAAAUUUCGAUCAAUUUACAUGCUGAAGACAAAAGUAUUUUAAAUGUGAAUAUAACUCAAGUAUUCUUAAGUCAAGCGCUUGAAUUUCGCUCACGUUGGCUACAGAUUAAGGAUUCACUUAACAAUGAAUUUAGGGAUAUUUAUUUGCGUUCUCGAUCAGAUUACCUUCCUUAUUUAUUGCGCAAUGAAGUCGGAUCUAAUUUAAAAUUUACGAUUGAUGUUGAAGAAGUGAUCAAGUCUCGACUGAAUCAUAGAAAAUCAAAUGCAAUUUGGAUAUCGGUUGCGGCUGGAGGCACAUGUGCUUUUGAAUUCCCAACAAAACGACUUGCCUUGAUGGAUUGCCCGGAUGAACCGCGUCAAAUGAUUAUACGAAUAGAAGGAUGGGACGAAGUUUCUCCUGUUAGUGUUGAUGCAGUUGGUACUUAUUUCAGAUUGGCACGAUGUUCUUCACUUAAAGCACCGUGUUUGGCGAAUGCUCGUCUCGUAAUCGUUGUUAACAUGGAUAAAAAUGGACGAAAAGUUGUAAUUAUUCGAUCUGCACUGACUAUAAUAAGUUAUCUUGCUAAUCCUGUAUUAGUGAUGGUUGGAUAUGUUCGCGGAUCGGUCGAUAAUGCUUCGUCAACUUUCCGUAUAGCCACACGCGAAAAGUUCCAUGUGCCAUUAAAAUUUGCUAACUCUCACAUAGCUUUUAAACCCGAUGGAUGUGAUAUUAUUAAAUCGCUUAAAAUUGAUUGGCAAGAAGCCAAAAAUAUGGGAGAAUAUGUGAAUAAUUUCUUGAAAUUUGAAAGUUCGAUGCAUAAAUACUACUGGGUAUGCGUCUCUAUAAAGAGGGAACAUUUUCCUGAUUACGAACAUCUUUCUGGUCAUACAAUAAGCCUAAUGCCGCCUCUAACUCUAUUAAAUCUAUUUCCAAUUGAUCUAGAAUUUAAUGUUGCUGGGAUUACUUAUGCUGUAGCAGCUGGCAAACAACUCUAUAUUACAGAUAUUGACAUUAGCUGUGAUAUAUGGUUUUCUUUAACUACGGAACGAUUUAUAUCCGUUGAAACCACGUUAGUCACAAGGUCAGUUCUUUCGUAUAAGCCAAGUUCUUCAGACCCCUAUAGAUUACAUUUGCGAAUGCGCGAUAUCGCUGGUCGGUUCUUGGAUGCUUUUGCUAGUAUAAGCGUUGGAUGUAGUGGUGCGGUGUCAAUUUCUUUCUGGGUGCCGUAUUGGAUUGUGAAUAAAUCAGGUAUACCACUGAUAUUGAAACAAGAUGCAACGAAUGAAAUUGCUGCUGGCCAGCUGGAUGAACAUGAAAGGGCGAAAGAUCGUCAUCCACUGAUGUUUUCCUUCGCUGAUGACAAUUGUCCACAACAGUGUGUCGUGCGUCUUGGCAACGAAUUUACGAAGAAUAAGGGUUACCGUGCAAUAUACAGUCGAAAGUUCAUUUUAACCCUCGGUGUCCAUGCACUCAAAUUAUAUUUAACUCACGAUCAUGAACCAUCUUUGAUUUAUAACAUUGGAGUUGAAAUUCGUCAAGGGACAGGGCGAUAUAAAGACACACAAGUCGUCUUGUUUACACCUCGUUAUAUUUUAUGUAAUGAGACAUCGUAUUCAUUAUUCGCCAGUCAUGUAGAUGUUGCUGAGCAAAGAAAGCAUUGUGUUAAAAUUGCAAGUAAAUGUAAUCUUAUAUGGAAUGAAAAUUUUGAGGAUAAUCGAUUAUUAUGCAUUAAGCAAGAAGAUAUUAAAUACUGGAGCUGUCCAUUUAGAAUUGAUCAAAUUAAUUCAUUUCAUUUGACUAUGAGGGAUUCUGAAGAAAUUCCACGUUUUUUGCGAGUGGAAAUUAUCCUCAGCAGUUCGGUAUUCUAUAUCACUUUUACUGAUGCUAAAUAUUUUCCACCUCCAAUACAAAUUGAGAAUUUGUCUGAUGUACCGAUUCUUUAUAACCAGAUGACUGAAAGACCGGAUAGGGGUCAUCUUCGAACAAUAUGCAAAGCUCGAAGCAUUGUUGAUUAUGCAUGGGAUAAUCUUUAUGCACCAAAAUUACUUACAUUACAAGUCUUUGAAAACAAAUCACAUUCAUAUGAUCCACAAAAAAUUGGAAUGGGACCACCUUUGGUUUACGAUAAUGAUGUUUACAUUAAAUUGGUUCAUUCAUUCGACAAAAAUAUUGGAAAUGGUUUCACUGAUGAGCAAGAAUUGGUAUUAGAAACGAUGAAAAAAGGAAAGGUCAUACUAAAUAAAAUAAACUUAAGUGACAGUAGUUGUAGCCAAUUAUGGCGCUUUACUAAAGAUGGUUGUUUGGAAAAUAUUGCCAUGAAUAAUCGUGCUAAACCUGGUGAGCGAUAUGUUCUAGAUGUACUUGAGAAAGGUGGAUUUGUAUUAAUGGUUGUCAAGCGAAAUUCUGCGCGUGACCGAUUCCAGAAAUGGCAUUUAACUCCAGACUGCAGGCUGCGAUGUAAAAUCGAUGGAAUGUUUGUAGAAGCACGUUGCACAGAUCUGAUACUGGCUCCAGCAAAUUCUAAUUCACCUCGAAAUUAUGAUGGUAUACCCAAGGAACAAGUUUGGCAGUUGCAGCCCCAGCGUCCUGGUAGUGGAGUAUUGGAUGUUGAAUGUUUGCAUCGCGGACCUACUCUUGUAACCAUUGUUCUGAGAAUAAGAGAUCGGAAAAAACUUGAUGCUAAAUCGCUCGGAAGUAGAGUUCCAAGAAUAUCUGAAAUCCAAAGAAACGCAUCCAAUGACUUGUCAUUUCUGAAUAUUUUUAAUUUGGAAAUGAACAUUUCUCUUCCAAGUGGAAUCGGAUUAUCUUUGAUUAACGGGCAGCGUGAAGAGCUAAUUUAUGCACGGUUUCAUGAUAUUGUGCUACAUGGCAUUCGACGAAAUGGAACAUAUCAGAUAACGGGACAUGUUGGCGUUAUUCAGGUUCUUAUCAUGAAAAUAAUGAUUUUACAGGUUGAUAAUCAAUUAUUGGCCACAGAUCGAUGGCAAUUGCUAUAUUGUUUUUCUGCUACUAUGGCCCCUCGUACCAGUUUAUUUGAUCCAUAUAUUAAUCGUCCAGCUGUAAAAAUUGAAAUGAGUUGUACUCCUCUAGAACAUUAUGAUGCAUUUGAUGUUCUACGCUUUCAGUGUUUACGUAUUAGGCUUUGUGAUAUAACUGCACAGCUUGACGAAACCCUUUUAUGGAAAUUAGUGCAAUUCGUUCAGGGUAAAGUGCUUUCUUUUUUUUUAAUUUUUAAAUACAUAUUUAUGAAACUUUCGCUGAUUGCUCUUGCAGAGUCUGAAGCUGCAAACAGCAUUCAUCCGAGCACUUUAUUGCAACCACCAAAUAUCGAGCUGGAAAGGCCAGAUAACUCUAGAGCUCGUCGUUGUUACUUUGGUACUCUGGAUCUUGAAAUUGGCGAUGUUACAUUAUCAGCUGUCACUGUUGGAAAUAGUGGACUACCUGCAGAAUUACGAAAACUGAAACGUCAGUUCAAUGUUAAAUUGGUCAGUUUCGAGAAUGCGAUGGUUGUUCUACCAGCGUUUCGUCAGUUUCGAUAUUUUGAAACAUUUCCAUUUCUCAUCGACACUUUGAGAAAUUUUUAUCUUGCGGAAUUAAAAAAUCAAACCUUCAAUAUAAUUGUAACGAUGGAUGCUUUUGGAAAUCCAUUAGGACUUGCAUCAGAUUUAAAAGAAAGUUUCGAAGGACUUUUAUUUGAAGGCGAUCUAGGUGGAUUUGUUAGCGGAUUAGGUUAUGGCGUCACGAAUAGUAUAUCUAAAGUGGCUUCAUCUAUGGCUCAUGGUGUAGGUACUUUGACAUUUGACGAAGAACAUGAAUUAAUGAGGCAGCGCAUACUUCGUUAUCAGUAUCAAGCUGGUAGUAAUAGUGCGCUUGCUCAUUUUUAUAGUGGAAUUAAGGCACCUAUAGUAACAAAUACAUAUACUGGAACCAAACGUGAAGGAUUCGCCGGUGCAUUAAAAGGUAUCACUACUGGUGCCGUAGAUACCGUCACUAAACCAGUUCAAGGAAUAUUUGAUCUUGUUGAAGGGACGGCUUCGGCAUUUAAAGAAAUUGUUGGCGGGCCUUCAGCUCGAAAGUCGUAUUUUCCUGAUAAUCGCGUACGUUUACCAAGAGUCUGCACCAGUCUUCAGUCAUUGUUGCCAUGUUAUUCAGAUAUUUUGGCAAUCGCACAAAUGGAUUUGCUGAGAAUAAACAAUUUCGCUACAAAUGAAUACCUAUUAGACGUUGAAGUAUUCUUAGAACAACGAAGUAAUAAUGAAAUGAUACGCCAGUAUGCAAUGAUCUGUUCCGAAACUUGUUACAUAAUUCGUCAGAUAGAUGGAGAACCGAGCAGUGUUGUGCAGAGGAUCGCCUAUAAAUUAUUGAAGCAAAUGCAACCAUUAAAUGUUAGCAAGAUGAAUAAUAUAGCAUCCAUAGGCUUUCCUUUUGAACAUAGAAAGAUAUUCGUUAAGCCAUUCCGCCCUGAGUUAUCAUAUGCCAGCGCUGAAGCUAAUGAUAAGCUUAUCAUAAUUUCAGAAAUAAUACUCGAGUUUUCGGCGGGAAAACGUCAAAUUUUACCUCAUUUAUGGUGUGGUGGAAUGGAAAUAGCCACAAGGUUAUGCGACAAAGUAACUCGUGCGAAACACCUAUACGAUCACAAUAAGCGAACGCUAAUUGUUGCCGAAGAUUAUGAAGUUUUGUAG